AAAAAAAUAAAAAUCAGUUUAAACGUCAAAUAAACGCGUUUCCAAGUAAAUUCCGUCAAGUUUUAAAAUUUAUCAAUGGAAACCGAAUUUCCAAUAAUCGAAAACAUGGAAAAGCAGGAAAAUCUUAAAAGUCAACAAUAUAGAAACGAUGAGGUAAUAAUACUAUCAGACUCGCCUUCGCCAACGAAGUUCGCCAUUUCGGAGAGCAGUAACUCGGAGGAAUACGCACUAACCACGCAGGAAGAGCCUAUCGAUUUAACUUUCGGUAAAUCAAGUAAUGCAAACAAUUAUUGCGUAGCUCAGCCUAUAGAGACAAAUGGUGGUAACGCUAAAAUAAUUAUUCAGCCCAAACCACCAGGAUCCUCAUCCAAUACUGACGUAAUCGAUGGAAUUCAUGGAAGAGGCAUAAAAAGGAACAUGAGUAUGAGGGCAAGCCAAGAAUUUAACAACAAUUGGUGCCCAAAUACAAAUAAAAACCAGAACAAAACGUACGCAGUUCCCAACUUACAGCAACCCCACAAAUCAAACUAUUCUUACGCAAUACUUCGCGCGGCUCAACCGGACGCAUCAUUAAACCAGUUUACUACGAGACAACAAGAGGUCUUGAACAUGGCUAAAUCUAUUUUUUCAAAACGUACUCGGACUCUCUACCAUUGGAUGUAUCCUACAGCGUCCAAGCAACAGAUAAAAGAUGUGGUUUCCAAUACCUGGGAAUCCAUGGCUGGUCAGGAAAAGAAUAUUUACGUAGCUCAGGUUUUAGAUCGCUUCGGUUACAAUAAUGCAAAUCUGAUGGUAAACCCUCAACUGGGUCAAAUUAAAGAAUUACCUCCUAUGCCUGGGAUUCUAGAACUCAAUUCCAAAGCUAGCGAAUUGCAAAACGCGAUCUCAAGUAUUUCAAACGAGGCGAAUGUUCUAGAGCCCACUUUUCCUAAUGAUCCAGGCAGAAAACAACCCAGAUUUGCUAGGAAAAAAAUCACUCCAAACUUAUCAUCUGCUGGCCAAGAAUUUGAUGAUGACCCUGAACUAAGUCAAGAAUUGGCGCAGUUUUCCAUGAUGCUUAAGAAUCAGUUUUAAACGUUUUCAAACAAUAACUUUAUUUAAAUUAAGUUUCCCAUUGGUUAGCGAAUUAAAUAUAAAUAAUUUAAAUAAC